AUGAAGGCACCGGCAGCCUUUCAAGUAGGCAUCGCGUAUCAAGCAUGCGAUCAGGGCCGGCUUGUUACUGACAGAAUAGCACUUCGCCAGCAGACCUGCGUUCUUCAGAAAGAUCCUCGAAGCGUGUUGGAUCGCGAGAAGAAAGAGCGGUAUCGCGACAGCUUUCUUCGUCAACUCCGCAAUGCGUGCGGAAAACGAGACGAUGCAGACAAGCUAAUCGAGAGCUUUGUGCAGAUGGCAGAAACCCUUGACGCUGUCAAAGCUAUUGCUCUCCACAUUGCCGAUAACGAGGACAUUGUGUUGACCGACACUGACAACAACCAAGAUGCUGGCACAUUUCACGCUCUCCUGCACCCACUCAGCAUCGCGCUGCUAGCUUAUCGCAUGGGAGGCGCGGUCAAUGCGGCCAACACCACUCACUUCCAUGAGUGGAAAUCACAAGGCAACUCAGCAGCUGGUAUUCCUGACUUUCAUGCAGAGGGUGAUUCCAGCGACAUUUUCGACGAGUACAGGAUCACGUUGGUGUGGGAGACACACAACAGCAGAUGGACAAGACCAUCUGGCAGUCACAAUUUCUUCUUAGCAGGUGCCGAUACACCUCAGCCGUUGAUGACACUUUCGGCGGCCGGUCAAAAUAAUCCGGCUAGCCCGAUGACAAUCGUCUACAACUCCAGAAAGGCAGCCUUGUGGUACGAUUGUCAAAAUACAGAAGCCACACGUUGCAGCAUUAGCCUGGACUUCCAUGUCAACACAAUCACCAACGAGGAUCUGGAGAUAUUCUCUACGCCAGACCUUAUCGGUCGCCAGGUUAAAGAACCCGCGCUUUCGAACUUGAUUACCCAAUUCCCUGUCCAGGAUUAUGCUGAUGCCUUUCACCGUUUGCUGUUUACCGAGAAUUCUUUCGAGCCAGCGCUUGACAUGUUGACCUUGCUUGAUGUGCCUGUCCAGCCACCGCAAUCACCUGGCUCGCAGGACACCGUCAUGGAGCGUCGGUACCAAGUCUGGCGGAAGGCGAACCAGAACAGCAUUCCAGCCGCUCUCCGAGGCGUGCGGGACGAUCUUCCUAUCUCUGGUAUUCAUAACAACUCGACCGGGUUCACGAAAUCUGUAUGCUACAAGGCUCUACAAGACGUGCAUCUGUCGGUCGGUAUGGAUCUGGUUCCGCAAUCGCCGGUCGAUGCAGAGCGUGAGUAUGCCCGAAGGUUUAUAAGGGACCAGCCAGGUGUUUCUACGUAUCGUAAGCUUGUCCAGUACGAGCAGUACAUGAUGAUGCCGUACACAAGUGAGGACCUGAUAUCGACCAGCACCAUCCGCGAGGUCGGACACAGGCUGAAAACGAGAUGUUUCGAACUCACCAGUGUAGGCUUCAUUGACAGUUCAUUCCUCCUUCCCGCCAUUGGAUCUUUGUCAUUUACGCUCGCCAAUGCACUUGACGGGGAGAAGGAGGUGACAGUGGCGUCGGAGCCAUGGGUAACCGACGAAAGUUUGCAGCUCUUUCGUACACGCAGUCUUUACCUCUUCUGGUGCGCAGACUGGCUGGCUCGAUAUCUUGGAAACCCUCAAAAGGGACUCAUGAUGGUUCGUGAGGUACAAGACGCCGUGAUCGUCAAACUGAGAGAAGACGCAGUACACAUGGCGAGGGUGUUGUUGAGGAACUGGGUGGCUUGGGCACUGUUCGUGGACACUCUGCCAAAAGGGGGCUUCAGAGUCCGAUUGCCAACGGACUGUGGGGUGUAAAAGACUCGAGUCAGGCAAGGAACCAAGUUUGCAAAUUCUCUGGAAGCGAAGGGGGUCCAACGCCUACAUAGCGGUGAACCGGUCGCCCAUUCGUGCGGAUGCAUGUCGCCGAGGCUCCAGACUGCACGUCACAAUCUGCUCGGGUAACGGCCCAGAAGAAUGGGCUGAGGCUACAUGGCGAGACAGAUGGAGACCUCGAUAGAUGAGCGUUGAUG